AUGGCAGACUCUCACCACCGCCAGGUUGCGACUUUGAGCUCGCCGUUGCGGCUGGCCCGCAAACCACUUCUUAAUACUAUAAUCGAAGCCAGUGAAUACUCGCCUAAGGAAGACUCACCACGAGAACAACAGAGUGUACGGCAUGGAGUGACAAGAGAGAGUCUACACUCGAUUCAGAUCGCAAUGUCAUUUUCGCCAGAGACAGCGAGAAGACUAUCAACUCCAGCUGAUACUCUAUCUUCGACUUCUUCGUCGUGUUCGGAUGAAGAGUGGCAGCAAGGAUUGCGACCAUUUGAUGAUCUCUACGAUGCAUCGGAUGAUGAUGAGCGCGAAUGUCCUUCGUUGACGGAUAGUCGACCUAGCAGUCUUGCGACCAUGUCGAUUAGAAGUUCCACGUAUUCGACCAAUAGUCGGAAUCGGUAUCCCAGUCUUAUGAUUCCGACGGCCAGUCUGUGGCCAUCGCUCGUGAAUCCACAUAAGAGUUCUCCUGUGCCGCCUACACCGCCUCCCAAGAUUCCGGUUUCGCCAGCAACGUUGUCGAUGCUUCCAGGGAACGUGCCGGCAUUGCACGCUCCUCCUUCGCUGGAUGGAAGUUUGUCAUCAGAUCAGAUUUCGAACAUCAGCUCCCCGGCCACACCCGAUCUCCGUCCACUACGAGAUCACGGUUGGGACAAUGAAAUCAUUCGCGUACGACAAGACUCCAAUGCGCCCAGCAGUGCCGGUGCGUCUAGUACAGGCCUGAUCGCUGACGAGGAGAGAGCAAUUGAAACAUCGGGAGAUGACUGGAAUCCUCUCAUCGACAGUUUCCCAGCCAUUCCAUCCAGAUUUGAAAGUCACGAGCCAGCAGUACUAUCGCUCGACAUCCCUUACGACCAUCCAGUUUCGGCCAGAUCAGAGAGCCCCGGACUCGAAGGCAUCAUGCUCCCUCCAGGAGCCAUUGCCACCCUUAAACACAUCCCACUAGACCAAACACCAGGCCCCUGGUCCGAGAUAUCAGAAAGGAAUGACGAAAUGUGGCAGCUCUCUGCACCCCCAACCCACCGCCCACAACGAAAUUCUCCUCCUCCAGACGCAACGCCAGGUUCUGAGCUGUCUGGUUACAGUUUCACGAAUUUGAGUAUCCCGUCUCCCGGUGGAUUCUUUUCGUCGCUUGACCCCAAAUCGAGGUAUACGUGGUCAUUGCCUAGUGCAAUUAUUCCACCGACUUCUGCCGUUGCGGCGCGGUUUUAUGAUGUUCCUUGGGGUCAGGAUCAGGGUGAGGUUGUGGAGCAUGUUGUUGAGGUUUCAGCGGAUGAAAGUCUGGAGGAUGAUCAGCCUACUGCUAUACCGAUUACAGCUAUUAGAAUCCCCUCUGCACAGGACACACGCAGAGACUCGCAUGACUGCUCAAGUCCUGUGGUCGCAGAUGUGCAGGAACUUGACCGAUCAGGAGUUCCAGCAUAUGAAUACGACGAAGCUUAUGACGAUGAACUUAAACGUCAAGCUGUUUCCAACCUCGACCGGACAAGUGUGUGGCUCGCGGCUCAGCACUCAUACUUGUCCGCUCUCAGCGAGACAAACCCCGUCAACGAGGUAGCCACGAAAAAAGAAAUUGGGCCAGCUGAAGUUGAAGAUCGCCCAACUUCCUCCUCAUCAGCAACAGCAGACUCUCCGCCUCGCAAAUCAGUCCGUUUCUCAGAGACUGUGCAAGAAUUAACCAUCUCCCCUCUUCCGCCUCCACCAGACGCAAGCAAGGACUCCAUCUACUGGCGCGGCUUCCAGUUCGUGUUGCAACAAUCCCGUCGUCGAGACGUUUUUCUGCAUAGCGAUAUCCGCUUUGAUGCUAUUCAGUCUGUGCGACUUGGAUUUCCGCAAAAGCAUCGCGUUGCAUUGCUAGGAAAAUUUGAGCUGGUGGCGCCCGAACGACCUGGGUACAAGGGACCUUUCUCGCAGUCUCCACGGAAAUCAGUUCUUGCUGAGGUCCUUGCGGAUCAAGCCCUGUACUCAAACUUGGAGAAGGAGCAGAUUGUUCUUUCACAGGUCUAUCAGUCAGUUUGGGCUGUAGAUGCCAUGCGGUUCCUAAAUGGUGGUAGUCUCCUGUCCCGACCAGCCGCAAAGCGUCUCUCAACAGCACUGAAACAAAUGGCAAAUCCACAACCUCAGCCUGGUCCCAAGCGUCGACUGAGGGUCCUCGACCUUGGCGGCCAAGCAACCUGUGGCUGGGCCUGGCAACUUGCGCACGAUUACCCCGACGUCAAAAUCUAUACUGUCGUCGGCAAACACCAAGAAGUCAACAGCCACAUCAAGGGACCCUCCAACCACCGCCGCGUCUCAGUGCCAUGUCUCUGGAAACUCCCCUUCCGCAACAAUCAAUUCGACGUCAUCUCUGCUCGCUCAUUACACGCUCUCUUGAAGACUGAGCGACCUGAUGGCGAGGAAGUAGAUGAGUAUGACCUGUGCCUGAAAGAGUGCUACCGCUGCCUCAAACCAGGUGGAUAUCUCGAUUUCUUCACCAUGGAUUCCUCAAUUGCUCGUUCCGGACCUCUCGGUACCGCUGCAUCCGUCGAGUUUACUUUCAACUUGAAGACGCGCGGCUACGAUCCGUCACCCACCCGCAGCUUUCUGGAGAGAUUGCAACGUACAAACUUUGCAGAUAUUAGACGUGCAUGGAUGUUUUUGCCGAUGGGCAUUGAGCCUGCAACUCCGGAACCGAUGCGUGAGACGCCCAAUCCGCGGGUCAAGAGUCAGAUUGAUUGUGAAGCUAUCCAGGGACCAGUCGGAAGUACAGCUGACGUCGCCAGCAUGACUGGCCUGUUGGGUGGGUGGAUGUGGGAGCAGUGGCUACUCAAGACACAAAUGGAGAUGGGCCGCGAGGAAAAUGGGUUGCUCAAGGAUAUCGGAGGUGUGUUUGAUGAAGGAAGGAAGCUCAAUGCUGGAUGGACUUGUCUGUCGGGCUGGGCUAUGAAGCCGAGACGCCGAAGUCAGCGGCUGACGAUGAUGAGUGGGUUGAGUGAGGGGGAUAGUUUCUAG